CACUAUCCCAACACCACAUGGCAGCGCCACUUCUCCAUCUCCUUCUUCCUCUUCUUCUCCCACCGAAGCCAUCCUUUAUUGACCUCAACCCUCCACUCCCUUCCUUCCUCUUCUACACAUUUCUAUGCUCAGACUCCUCCUCCUCUGCUCCUCCUCCUCCUCCUCUGCCUUUCCCCUCAGACCUCUCCCCACCCCCAGAUUGACCAGGACGCGCAGACCCCGACACCCAUUUCAGCUCGCGCUCUCUGCCUCAUACCCCACCUACCGGCGGCCGGUUUCCACCCUCCGAGUUCUGUCCAUGGCGGAAGGUUCCCAUGCCUCGACCUCGCAGUCCCAGCCGCACACCAAUCGCUUGGCGGCCGAGCACAGUCCUUACCUUCUCCAGCAUGCCCAUAAUCUGGUUGAUUGGUAUCCAUGGGGUGAAGAGGCUUUUGCCCAAGCGCGCAAGAGAGACGUGCCCAUCUUCUUGUCAAUCGGAUACAGCACGUGCCACUGGUGUCAUGUUAUGGAGGUGGAGUCUUUCGAGAAUGACGAAGUGGUUAAAUUGCUGAAUGAUUGGUUUGUUAGCAUCAAGGUGGAUCGCGAGGAACGACCAGAUGUUGAUAAGGUAUACAUGACGUAUGUGCAGGCUUUAUAUGGAGGCGGUGGUUGGCCACUGAGUGUCUUCCUAUCACCUGAUUUAAAACCUUUGAUGGGUGGAACUUAUUUUCCACCAGAUGACAAGUUCGGUAGACCGGGCUUCAAGACCGUACUUAAGAAAGUAAAAGAAGCAUGGGAUAACAAGAGGGAUAUGCUCGUCCAAAGUGGUGCACUUGCCAUUGAACAACUCUCUGAAGCGUUAUCAGCAACUGCAAAUAUGGACAAAGUACCAGAUGGACUUUCCCAUACCGCGAUCAAUCAAUGCGCUGAGCAACUUUCUGCGAGUUAUGAUCCCAAGUAUGGUGGCUUUGGAGCUGCGCCAAAGUUUCCUAGACCAGUUGAAAUUCAGCUGAUGCUCUACUACUGUAAGAUGUUGGAGGGAGCUGCUAAGUCCAAUCAGGCUAAUGCAAUCUUGGAAAUGGUUCUCUUUAGCUUGAAAUGCAUGGCAAGGGGAGGAAUCCACGACCACCUUGGAGGCGGUUUUCACCGAUACAGCGUUGAUGAAUGCUGGCACGUUCCGCACUUUGAGAAGAUGAUGUAUGAUCAAGGACAACUGGCGAAUGUCUAUCUUGACGUCUUUUCAAUAAAAAAUGAUGCCUUUUACUCAUGUACAUGUCGGGAUAUUCUUGAUUAUGUGAGGAGAGACAUGACUGGGCCUAAAGGAGAAAUUUUCUCAGCCGAGGAUGCUGAUAGUGCUGAAUAUGAAGGGGCCCCAAGAAAGAAAGAAGGAGCUUUCUAUGUCUGGACUAGCAAGGAGGUGGAUGAGAUACUGGGGGAGCAUGCAAAACUAUUCAAAGAUCAUUAUUACAUUAAGCCCUCAGGGAACUGUGACCUCUCUAGACGGAGCGACCCUCACAAUGAGUUCAAGGGUAAAAACGUCCUCAUUGAGAGGAAUGAUUCUUCCGUUUUGGCAUCAAAACAUGGCAUGCCCAUUGAUAAGUACCUUGAGAUCUUGGGAGAAUGUAGGAGGAAGCUUUUUGACGUUAGACUCGGACGCCCAAAACCGCAUUUGGAUGAUAAGGUAAUUGUGUCAUGGAACGGGCUCACGAUCUCGGCAUUCGCUAGAGCCUCAAAAAUUCUGAGAGCUGAAUCUGAAGGGACGAAACACAAUUUCCCUGAUGUUGGCUGUGAUCCCAAGGAGUACCUUCAAGUAGGGGAAAGAGCGGCUGCUUUCUUAAGAAAGCAACUCUAUGAUGAGACAACAAGGAGGCUUCACCACAGCUUCCGUAAUGGGCCUUCUAAAGCCCCAGGAUUCUUAGAUGAUUAUGCGUUUCUGAUAUUGGGAUUGCUUGAUUUGUAUGAGUGUGGCGGUUCAACCGACUGGCUCUCCUGGGCUAUUCAACUUCAAGAGACCCAGGAUGAGUUGUUCCUUGAUAAAGAGGGAGGGGGCUACUUUAAUACUCCUGGGGAGGAUCCUUCGGUCCUACUCCGGGUGAAGGAAGACCAUGAUGGUGCAGAGCCCUCGGGAAACUCAGUCUCUGUCAUAAACCUUGUAAGGUUGGCUUCUUUGGUUGAAGGAAGUCGGUCUGCUAGUUACAGGCAGAAGGCAGAGCAUAUUUUGGCUGUUUUUGAGACGAGAUUGAAAGACAUGGCAAUGGCAGUGCCCUUGAUGUGCUGUGCAGCUGAUAUGCUCUCAGUUCCUUCACGGAAACAAGUUGUUCUGGUUGGUCGCAAGCAUUCGGCAGAGUAUGAAACCAUGCUUGCAGCUGCUCAUGCAUCGUAUGAGCCGAACAAGACGGUAAUCCACGUAGACCCGACUGACCCUCAGGAGAUGAAGUUCUGGGAGGAGAACAAUAGCAACAUUGCUCAGAUGGCUAAGAGUAACAGCUCCGGGGAAGACGAGCGAGCGGUGGCUCUCGUGUGCCAAAACUUCACAUGCAGUCCACCGGUCACGAGCCCAAGCGCGCUUGAGGAGCUGCUGUCUCGUAAACCAGCAAAGUGAGGCGCAGUCCAAGGAAACCUGGGAAGAAGCCAAUCCCGCAGAUGCUGUUCAUAAAGUAGUUCGCAGGAGUUUAUGUAGUGGGAAGUACAUGCAUUCCCCCUUCCUACCUAAGAUUUUCUAGGUGUUUUAUACAUAUACCGUCGAUACAUAAUAAAGUAUGGACUCACCAGUCACCAGUCUCAGGAUUGAGCUCCUAUGAUGAUAGCUGCUUAUGUAAGAUAAGAGGAUGGUGUUGUUGAUCGGCUGCAUCGCCUUUGUCCGGCACGCUGAGUGUAAAACAAUAACGUUGCACGGGA